AUGGGAGGACACAUGUUAAACAACCUUCUGAAGAAUAAAAUAUCGGUAGUUGUAUAUGAUAUCAGUGAGGAUGCAGUAACUAAAGCAGUUGAUGCCGGAGCAAAAAAAGCUGAAUCCCCUUCUGAAGUUGCUUCUCUUGCCAAAACGAUCAUCACCAUGCUACCUUCUAGUCCUCACGUCAAGGAAGUAUAUUUAGGACAAAAUGGAAUUUUAAGUAAAGCACAGCCUGACAGCUUGUUUGUUGACAGCAGUACAAUCGAUCCAGACGUUUCUCGACAGUUAGAAAAGGAAGCUUUAAAGUUUCACUCCACGUUUAUUGAUGCCCCUGUUUCUGGAGGUGUGACUGCAGCCAAGGAAGGUACUUUGACGUUUAUGGUUGGAGGCCAACAAUCUUCAUUCUCAGUUGUGAAAGAUCUUUUGGAAAACAUGGGAAAAAUUGUUGUCUACUGUGGUCCCUCUGGCACAGGACAGGCAGCUAAAAUCUGCAACAACAUGCUCUUGGGCAUAUCAAUGAUUGGAACUGCUGAAGCAAUGAUUUUAGGACAAAAAUUAGGACUAGAUCCAAAGUUGUUUGCAAGCAUUUUAAAUUCUAGUUCUGGUCAGUGUUGGUCUACAUUGAAAUACAACCCUUGCCCAGGAGUCGUUGAAAACAUACCCGCCAGUCGUAAUUACGAAGGAGGAUUUGGAUCUAAGCUCAUGGCCAAAGAUCUUGGAUUAGCUCAAACAUCGGCUAUGCUGACCUCAACUCCUACUCCUCUUGGUUCUUUGGCCCAUCACAUGUACAGAAUGCUGUGCAACAGUGGCUACGCAGAAAAAGAUUUUGCAUCUAUUUAUCUUUUUCUUCAGGGAAUUGGAAAAGCUAGCUAA